CUUUAAUGUUGUCCAGCUGGAUCAAUGAUUUUGAACGUACAAUAAUGCAACCAAGAACUAUGAAUGUCUUAUCGUAUUGGAGUGGAUAACACCACUGCAAGCAUGACAGCAAACUCGUGAAGGAGGCAAGAAAAUGAUUUCUGGAAGCGUAUAUAAAACAGUGGGAAAUAUGAGUGAGCAUGUAAGAACAAGAUCCCAAUCCUCAAAAAGAGGAAAUGACCAAGAGUCUUCCCAGCCGGUUGAAUCUGUGAUUGUCCAGCAGCCCACUGAGGAAAAACGUCAAGAAGAGGAAGCACCAACUGAAAAUCAGGGUAUUGCACCUAGUGGGGAGAUCGAAAAUGAAGGAGCACCUGCUGUUCAAGGGCCCGACGUGGAAGCUUUUCAACAGGCACUGGCUCUGCUUAAGAUAGAGGAUGAGCCUGGAGAUGGUCCUGAUAUCAGGGAGGAGACUCUGCCCACUUUUGAUCCCACUAAAGUGCUGGAAGCAGUGGGAAAUAUGAGUGAGCAUGUAAGAACAAGAUCCCAAUCCUCAGAAAGAGGAAAUGACCAAGAGUCUUCCCAGCCGGUUGAAUCUGUGAUUGUCCAGCAGCCCACUGAGGAAAAACGUCAAGAAGAGGAAGCACCAACUGAAAAUCAGGGUAUUGCACCUAGUGGGGAGAUCGAAAAUGAAGGAGCACCUGCUGUUCAAGGGCCUGACGUGGAAGCUUUUCAACAGGCACUGGCUCUGCUUAAGAUAGAGGAUGAGCCUGGAGAUGGUCCUGAUGUCAGGGAGGGGACUCUGCCCACUUUUGAUCCCACUAAAGUGCUGGAAGCAGGUGAUGCGCAACCAUAGGUGUACACCAAGAAAAAUGAAGACUGAAACGAAGAAUGUUAUUGUUAUGCUGGAUAUUUGACUGAUAACAUUCUUUUAUUAAAGUUUUACAGUUCUCUGCAAAGAA